UUGGGCUCCUUGGCUUCGUUCGUUCCCCUUCUCUAGUCUCUAUCCAAGCGGGUCUUGUCCCUUCCGCUCCCCAGUUUCGACCGCGGCUGCUCCUCGACGUCGUCUUCCUCCCUCCUCCCCGCCGAUCCGAAUCCCUCACUCCUCCGCGCUGCCGCUCGCCUGCCCGGCUCCUGCCGCCGCCGCUGAGGAGGGAGAGGACGGAGGGAGGAGCAGGUUCCAGCGGGCGGCGACACUGACCUCCUGGUCCAGGCGGAGGGAGCGAAAGGGGCAAGGGGGUUGAGGAUGUGGAGGUAGAGGGUAGUAUAAUGGCGCAAGUUGCUGUCGAAUCUGCGGCGAGUGGUGGCCCCUUGAUUGGGAGGGCUGCGGAGGUCCUGACGAUGAAGCGGAAGACCCCAUCCGAACUGCGGGGAGAGCAGUUGAAACGACGCACUUCUGAAAAGAUAGCCAAUGAUCAGUUAUUCCAUUCUGAUAGGUCAACCAAUGGGCUUCGGAAUACGGAACAGCAAAAAAUAUCCAAAUACACUCGUGUUACAGAGGUAUUCCAAGUCAAGAAAUCCAGAAACGUUGGAAAGGAAAAUUGCAAGGAUGCUUUACUGAAUAACGAGAAGGCUCCCAAAUCAGCUGAUGCUGAAGCGACUUCACCUUUUGUACCAUCUUCAGUCCGAAGUGAUCAUGGUGACUCUGCUAAGUUGGACUCUUCUGUUCCAUCACUCUCCGAGGCAGAAAAACCAGGUUUUAGAAAAGCUGAGAAAUGCAGUGAAAAUGCUCUUCGGAGUGUAUCUGAGCUUCAUGUUGGUGAUGAGAAGCAGGCUGGCUCAAACAAAUUUGAUAUGGAAAAAAUGAUGAAAGGGUUUGGAGCCCGUGAUGCUUCAGGAGCUUCGUAUGUCCCUAAUGUACAAGGCAGUGAUGUUCCUUUGAAGUCUUCAGAGGCAUGCCCUUCCAAGAUCACAAUUCCAGGGAAAAGGGCUCCUCUGGAUCUCACUUUGAAGACUACUCUGCAGUUUGUUUCAUCAUCUUCUGUGAAGUGGUGUCACAAUUUAUGUAUGGGCAGUAUUGCUGGACAUAUUGCUCAGAAUUAUCAUGAUGUGUCUCAACAUUCACGGUCUACAAGGCCAAAAAGGAACAAGGAAUUCUUGUUCUCGAGGGCACUGCAAUCAUGGGUAUAUCCACAAUCCCUGUUACCUGCUUCCUUCGUAUCUGCUAUGCUCUCAUCAACUGCACGAGGAGAGAACGAGUUCCUUAACAAAAGGCAUCAGGACUGGGAAGAUUCAAUUAAGAAUCUUUACUUCAUGCUCCGGAAGAAUCUCUUGAAUAUCUUUUAUGUUUAUACGGCACAAUUUGUUGCCCUAUUCAUUCGUGGAAACUGUUUGGAGAAGCAGUCCUGCAGUGCCUACUUAUCACAAUCUACACGUGGCAUUCGGUCACUGCUACGAAAAAAUGGUGUUCGCUUUUCUAUGCCUCUCUGCAAUGCUGAAAUGGAGCAGACUACUGACGAUGACCUGAUUGAACUUUCGGAAAUCCAAAAACUCAAUCUAGGCCAGACACUUCAUAUAGAUGCUUUGUCUGAGGUUGACAACACCACACAGUCGCUCCUUUCAUUUACUGGCAAUAAGAGUGUUCAUGGCUUAUAUGAUGUGUUGUUGAACUACAAGUCCUUGUUGAAUUCGUUAUCUGCCACAGAUGUCCCAGCGUUAUAUUCACCAGUGCCAUUUCAAAAUGGCUGCCUCCAUAUUCCAGAGGUCAUAUGCAGGGAGAUGCGGAAAGCAGAUGCUGGCCUGGCCUCCUCCAGUGUGUCUGGUGCAGAAGAACCUGGAUCAGCGUUUGCUCCUGCAGCGGCCAACAUCUGCUACAGCUUGGAAAUUAAGGACGCGGCCCUUCCACCGUGGGUCGUAUCUGGAGUCUGCGCCGCAAUGAGUACAGAUGCGGAUCGCUUUGACCUGACAAUCGCGACGGAGCCCUCGUCCAUGGGCCUAAACGCCGCCCUUGCCUCCAUAGGCGGAAACACUGAAUCGAAGGCGCCUUUGGAGUCGUCCCCUGCCGAAGAAAGUGGCUGCGAGUCUCUGGGCAUCCCCGACACCGUCCUGGUCCCCUCGCUGCGCUCCGCAUCUCUGCGGCGCCUCGGGUACAGCGAUGGUGCUUACGUGGCUCACACCACCGUGUGAGCUCCUCAGCAACGUCUCUAGGAGCGACGUCAAGCCGGUCUUUUGUCGUUUUUGGGAGGAGGGAAUGCUCCGUGGGAUGGAAGCAGCUUGUUCCUGAGCACCAUCCCAAAUUCCCCAAUGAUGCAUAGAAGCCAUAUACAGAAGAAGGGCAUCAAAUCAAGUUUGUUGGUAUCCCACGCCUCCACAUCAGUUUUUGGUGGAACCUGUUUGUUUACAUGUGGAGCAUUUUGUAACUUUUACCAUCUGGGAGGAUUGUAAGUCGGAAGGAUUUGUCUUUCUAGCAAACCCUUGACUGGUAACUUAAAUUCAGCUGUUCUGGUUCUGGAAAAAGGGUGAGCAGCAGAUGUUUGUUAAAGGAUUGAUCUGUUUUCCCUUGGGCUUUAUCUAUGUGCAUGUUAUAUUUACCGUUGUGA